CUGACACGUAACUUUGAUAAACAGAUCAAAGUCUUAACAAUUCUGACCCUAAUAUCGAUAACGUCAGUUUACGGAUACACUUUUUUACGUUUAGAGUUACUUUUGUAACGGUAGAAAAUGAUUUUGUCAAAACCACUGUACGAUUUCUUAGGAUUCUACUUCGAACAGCUAUACUAUCACCCAGUGAAGACAAAGGCAAUCAGUUGUUGUAUUGUUGCGGCCGCAGGGAACCUUGCCUCGCAAUAUAUUAGUGGAAGCAAAUCCUUAGCGCAAGACAGCCUGCUUGCGUAUGGUAUAUAUGGACUGCUUUUUGGUGGAACUAUCCCUCACUACUUUUAUGGCUUUCUGGAGAGGGCAAUACCAGAACAGGUACCGAUGGCCGUCUUGAAAAAGCUCUUAGUUGAACGAUUAAUAUUUUCCCCUAUCUACCAUGCAUUUACUUUGUAUAUGAUCGCAAGGUUAGAGGGUAAGACACAUGCACAAGCAACGCAACAAGUGGAACACCUCUACUGGCCGGUUUUAUCAUCCAGUUGGAAGUAUCUGUCUAUAAUACAAUUUUUAAACUUCCAAUUUGUGCCACCAUUGCUUCGAGUGUUAAUUGUUAACCUUAUUGGAUUCUUUUGGACCAUUUAUAUUGCUAAUAAACGGCGGCAGGCUGAGAUGAAGAGUGGCUCUUAAAACUAAGAUGAAAUCAUAUGGUUUAUGGGUGGUAUCUUGUUAAUGUUACAGUUUUAUAUUUAUACAUAAUUAUUAUCAAAUAAAUUUAUUGUUCGUGAAAAUAA